AUGGAGAUGGAGAUGGAGGAGGAUGAGGAGGAAGAGGGUAAUUUCUACGUGGUCACCAGGCCAGCCCUUGGAGAGGCAAUCACUUCCACUGUGCCCUCACAAGCAGGUACCCCCCUCCAGCCUAAUCAUCCGCCUGUCUCCGAACCCUCAGGAGGUUCCUUAAGGCAGCCUCCGCAUCAGUUCCCAGAAGGCCCCAGGAGGACAACCCGGGCCACAGCGGGUCGGCACCCGAACCAGUACCAUCUCCCUACCACAGCAUCUCUUAGGUCAGGUGGGGCUGCUACCUCCCGGGUCAGUAGUGCCAGUAGUAUGGUGAGCGCUUAUUUUAGGCCCUGGGACUAG